UGAAGUGCAAACAAGAACUCAGUGCGCAGCUGCUCAGCCAACAUGGUUUGAUGCUUGGAUAGUGGAUUCAUCAGCAUCCGGCAAAAACUAAAGUAGAGGAGCAGGAAUACUUUUCUUAUCACACAUUAGUGCUCAGCGUGUGGUUUACUCUCAGACGGGUGGGUGCCCAGAGUUCCUUGGAGGCUGGCAGGUGAGCUGUCAGGAACGAGCAAACACAAACCGAGUUCAUCCAAAGAAUUAACAAUUUACCUGUCUCUGUGAGGAGUUUGACAGUCUGAACGCAUGAAUAGAUGUGGAGCAUGGUUCUUUUUCAUCCAACAGAGGAGUGACAGUGUCUUUGCCAGGCUUACUGGGAGAGGACAAUGGCCCUGAGCGAUGCAAGUGGUGACCCUCUAGCCCUCAGCAACGGAGGGCACCAUCCUCUCAGUGCCAACGGAAACACCAGCUCACCAGUUAGCAACGGCCAGGACCCUCUCAGAGCCACUUCUAGUGGUGACUGCCUCACAGCAGAUGGAGAUGAAGAUGUGACAGUGAAGGAUGAGGCGUCCAAAGUUCAGCAGAGAUCGCAUGUGCUCCUGAGAACAAAUAGACCAAGCCAAAAUGGCGGCAUCGUCAAACAGAAUGGCUCCCUGAGGAACCUUCCCCCAUCCUCCCCUGCCUCUUCCUCCCCGGCUGUCACAGACUCCCAGAGGCUGGCCAAACGCCACCUUUCCUCUACUCUUUCCCCGUCCUCGUCCUCCCCUUCUCUCCAGCCCCCGCCACUCUGCUGUCCGCACUGUCACUUCCACUCCACCCUGUGCUGUCCCUGUGGACAGCAGGAGUGUCCGCUCUUCCAGAAUCCAGGCACAGGGCCUGGCUCCAUUCCCCACCCUGGGACCACUUCAUCCUGCCCGUGCUGCCUCUCUGCCUGCACAUACUCUCACCCUCAUCCCCAUCCUCCUCACCCAUCCUCCCCUCUCUGUCUCCAACACCACCAUCACCAGCGCUGGCAGGAGCACCUCCAGAACCAGACACCUGGGAUCAGCCCUGCAAGGCCCUUUCGAUUCCCCAAAAGCUAUGCCGAGCUGAUAGCUGACUGGCCAGUGGUGGUGCUGGGGGUGUGCACAGUGCUCAUCGUGGUGUGUGCCCUUGUGGGCAUCCUGGUGCCUGACCUGCCGGAUUUCUCUGACCCACUGCUGGGUUUUGAGCCACGAGGAACAGCCAUUGGGCAGCGACUGGUGACCUGGAACAACAUGGUGAAGAACACGGGCUACAAAGCUACACUGGCCAACUACCCCUUCAAAUACGCUGAUGAGCAGGCCAAAAAUCACCAGGAGCCCCGGUGGCCCGAGGACCACUUUGACAGAGACAAACGGCAAGCAGAGUGGGACUUCAGUAAAGAGUUCUUCUGUGAUGUGCCAGGUGACAGUUACUCUAGACUGGUAUUCACAUCAGCUGAGGGGAAGAGCCUGUGGAGUAUUCAGGCCAUCAAAUCCAUGUGCAAUCUGGACAACACAAGGGUGCGUUCCCAUCGUGACUACUGGAGUCUUUGUCAGCGCACCAAUGACGCCUCCUGCUGCCCCAGCUGGACACUUGGUAACUACAUUGCUGUCCUCACUAACAGGUCGUCCUGCCAGAAGAUCACAGAGCGUGAUGUAUCGCACACGCUCAAGAUCCUGCGCUCAUGUGCAAAGUACUACCACAAUGGCACACUGGGACCCGACUGCUGGGACAUGGCCUUGCGACGGAAAGACCAGCUGAAGUGCGCCAGUGUGCCCCGGAAGUGCACCAAGUACAAUGCUGUCUACCAGAUCCUUCACUUCUUGGUAGACAAGGACUUCCUCAGUCCCAAGAGCCUGGAGUUUCCUCCACCUGUGCUCAAAUACAGCAUGCUCUUCUCCCCCACAGAGAAAGGAGAGUCUAUGAUGAACAUUUACUUGGACAAUUUUGAGAACUGGAACUCCUCAGACGGCAUCACCACAGUCACAGGGAUCGAGUUUGGCAUCAAACAUGACCUCUUUCAGGACUACCUCCUCACAGACACGGUGUAUCCAGCAAUAGCCAUAGUGAUCGUCCUGCUGGUCAUGUGUGUGUACACACGCUCAGUUUUCAUCACUCUGAUGACAAUAAUAGCCAUCAUCAGCUCACUCAUUGUGUCUUACUUUCUUUACCGAAUGGUCUUCAACUUUGAGUUCUUCCCCUUCAUGAACCUCACGGCCCUCAUUAUCCUAGUCGGCAUUGGUGCGGACGAUGCCUUCGUGCUUUGUGAUGUGUGGAACUACACCAAGUUUGACAAGCCACAUGCUGAGCUGGCAGAGACGGUUGGUGUGACCUUACAGCAUGCCGCCCUGUCUAUGUUCGUCACCAGCUUCACAACUGCUGCAGCUUUUUACGCCAAUUACGUCAGCAACAUCACUGCCAUACGCUGUUUUGGUGUCUACGCGGGUACUGCCAUACUGGUAAACUAUAUUCUCAUGGUGACAUGGCUUCCAGCUGUGGUGGUGCUACACGAACGCUACCUGCCUAAUAUGUUUCCCUGCACCAAGCCUCCACACCAGCAGAGAGGUUAUUGUACCCGCAUGUUCUGGGCAGGUCUUUGUCAGAAGGCCAACAAAUGCCUGUUUACUGUGUCUGAGGCAUCCAGGAUCUUCUUUGAGAAGGUCCUGCCUUGCAUCGUCAUUAAACUGCGCUACCUCUGGCUCUUCUGGUUCCUCGCCAUCACCGUGGGCGGGGCCUAUGUGGUUUGUGUCAAUCCUAAGAUGAAGCUCCCGUCUCUGGAGCUGGCGGAGUUUCAGGUGUUCCGAUCCUCACACCCAUUUGAGCGCUACGACGCAGAGUACAAGAAACUGUUCAUGUUUGAGAGGGUUCAUCAUGGCGAGGACCUGCACAUGCCUAUCACCAUCAUCUGGGGCGUGACACCUGUGGAUAAUGGGGACCCCCUGAACCCCAAGAACAAGGGAAAACUAAUGCUGGAUAACAGCUUCAACAUCGCCAGUCCAGCAUCUCAGCAGUGGAUCCUCAGCUUCUGCCAGAAACUGAGAAAUCAGAGCUUUGUCUUUCAAUCUGAGGAGCAGGACUUCACCAGCUGCUUCAUCGAGACAUUCAAACAGUGGAUGGAGAACCAGGACUGCGAGGAGGCUUCAGUUUACCCCUGCUGCAGCCAGUCCACCUUCCCCUACAAGCAGGAAGUCUUUGAACUGUGCAUCAAGCGAGCCAUUAUGGAGCUGGAUCGCAGUACAAACUACCAUCUAGACAGCAAGACCCCUGGACCUCGAUUCGACAUCAAUGACACCAUUAGAGCCAUAGUGUUAGAGUUCCAGAGUACUUACCUCUUCACCCUGGCCUAUGAGAAGAUGUACCAGUUCUAUCGUGAGGUGGAUGCCUGGAUCACUGAGGAGUUACGGUACGCUCCAGCAGGCCUCAGCCACGGCUGGUUCAUCAGCAACCUGGAGUUCUAUGACCUCCAGGACAGUCUGUCAGACGGCACUCUGGUUGCCAUGGCACUGUCAGUGGCUGUAGCUUUCAGCGUUAUGUUGCUGACUACCUGGAAUGUCAUCAUCAGUCUGUACGCCAUCCUGUCAAUAGCUGGUACCAUCUUUGUCACAGUGGGCUCCCUGGUGCUGCUUGGCUGGGAGCUCAAUGUCCUUGAGUCCGUCACUAUUUCAGUUGCAGUGGGGCUCUCUGUGGACUUCGCAGUCCACUAUGGCGUGGCCUAUCGGCUCGCCCCUGAGCCUGACCGCGAGGGGAAGGUGAUUUUCUCCCUCAGCCGCAUGGGCUCUGCCAUCGCCAUGGCAGCACUAACCACCUUUGUUGCCGGGGCAAUGAUGAUGCCCUCAACUGUAUUAGCCUACACCCAGUUGGGCACAUUCAUGAUGCUGAUCAUGUGCAUCAGCUGGGCCUUUGCUACCUUCUUCUUUCAGUGCAUGUGUCGCUGCCUUGGACCCCAGGGGACCUGCGGCCAGAUACCCCUGCCCAAAAAGCUGCAGUGUCAGGUGUUUUCUGAGGUCACAGCCACGGGCCCCUCACCUCAAGGGAAAGGCUCUGGCCUGGGGAAGUACCAGCUGGACAGCAGGGGAGGGGAGGUGGAGCAUUAUGAAUUGGAGCCUUUGGCCUCCAGUCAGAAAACUGAAGAGAAGCCCAGAGAGGGGCAGGAGGUGUGUGCUCAGCUUUACAAUGGCAUCCCCCCUCACCACCACACUGCUCCUUAUUCACACAUCCAUUACAAGAGCAAAACUGAGACAGGCAGGAGUGGCCCUGAGAAUGGCCUCGUAGCUGCACUGAGCACACCGUCCAGGUGCCAGUACUCUCAAAACACUAACUGCACAUGUGGGGACUCUUCUUCUCCUCACCACCUGUCUCAGCAGUGGAACCCCCACCCCUGUGCUCAGCCUCCCCAGGACUCUCCCUCCUGCGCUCCCACCCCUCAGCUCUUCCCGCUCUCAGGAAGCCAACAAAAUGCAGCCCUGUUACCUACAAACCUGGAACCAGUCUACACACACAUGGAGUGCCGUAUGCACUACGUACACUGUCCCCCUGCCCAUUUCCACCACUGCUCCCAAGGGAGAAUAGUGGCCCCCAGGCACGGACCUGCCCACAGCUGCCAUCUCAGGAAGUAUUGUGUCCACACUGCAAGCCUGCAGGCUGCUUCAGCCAAAGAACACAGAUCUACAGCUCUGAGCCAGGACACCGGCCCUGCUCCCGGCUCAGAGCCUGUGGGGCAGGAGGAUGACCACAGACAUGAAACAAGGCCCUCAAGCCCUGACAGUGGCCAAGAUGUCAGCACCCCAACCCUGACACAAGCUCAGACACAAUGCCCCUCCCCCUUACUGGGCUCACCACACACAACCAGUCAGGAAAGACACAAGGGAAGGGACAGUGACCAUUGUUGUGGAGACAAGCACAUGUCCACCACAACCACAGAUACAACACAGAUGGAACCUUGUUGUAAAAUCCCUGGCAACCAGGAGAAGCUGAAAAGUAUUCCCGUCAAACGGGAGGAAAGUGUCAAAAAGUGCAAGCAGAACUCAAAAAGACAGCGGGCGUCCUCUGCCUCUCCAAAGAAACUCUACUGUUUUAACAGGGCAUUGAAGGUGAAGUGCAGUUCAGCUUCAGAGUUUAACAUGCCAAAAACUGAAACCAGCGUGCCUCCUAUUGCAAUAAACACCAAUCCCUCUUCUGAAAGCUUAUGUUGAUGAUACAUUGAUAUUUUAACAAAAUACACAACAAAUAGCAAAUGUCCAAAAAAAAAAGGAAUGACACAUCUCUGCAAUCAAUGUUUGCGAUGUGUUUGCUGACCAAGUGCCUCAGUGUGUUUAUAAAACAGCACGGAUCCACGCAAUCUCAUCUGUUUACAUGUUUCUUUUUGGACUUACCAGGUCUCCAUGUGCCAUAUUCUGUGUUAGAUUUUACAGGGAACACUCACUAUUGUUAAAGCAAUAUCAUUAUGGGAAAUUCAUUUUCUUUUCACAAAAACACCUCCAUGAAAUCUAACUAACAGCAGUGUUAAAUAUACUCAUACUGCAGCCAUUUGCACCAACAUGAAAUGGUAUAGUAUAUAUUGUGAUAUUGUGUGUAAUUAUCAAUAUAUGUCGUCAGAUAUGAUCACAUCGACCAUAACAAACGUGCCACAUUUUACAAGGUGAUAAAAAGUUGUUGCUUGACACUUUUUGUUUUUGUGGGAGGCAGUGGUAAAUUCAGUGUGUUCUUGUGUUCAAGUCACCACACGCUGCCUCAGAUAAAAGAUGUACUGUAUGAUUAAAGUGUCUUUUUUUUUUUAUCACUUUUGUCCCGCUGUCUCCUAUUGUCUGCUCUUCCUGUCUUCAGUAUAUUGUACGCAGACCAUAAAAUGAGACAAGGCUCUGUUCAAAGCAGAGGGUAUAUCUUUAAUCAUAACAGUGUACACCUGUUUGAUUGUCUCAUAACUGCUGGCGCCUUUACUGCUAUCUGUUCCAUCUGGCCUGAGGUCAUUGAGUGGAUUUAAACUGGGCUGGCCCGCCUGCUCUUUACGUUCGUGUACACUUGAUUUACACCAGAAUAACACAUUUUAUUAGUGGUUGUGAUACAGAUCUCAUCUUCUCAGAGUCCACCUACGGCAUUUCUAAGUGUUUACGUUUAGAAAUGGGUUUGGCAACUGCAUAAAAAGAUGAAACUGUAAUUAUAAACUCAUUUGAGGAGCCGGGUUAAUAGAAAGAUAAACAGCUUUGUGUUGUGUGCUGCAUUACAUGCAUCAGCUGGAAGAAGUGCUCUUCACUGUUAGGCCUGCCGAGGCAGACUGCUUUAAUUAUAGGGAGAUGACUCUCUGGCACUCGGCAAACAACUCAGCUGCCAUCAGCAGUGGUUUUACUUGUCUAACAAAUAUAUAUUUUGAAUGAGUUAUUCUUUUGUAAUAUUUCCAGGGCAACACUGGAACAAAAUCUGCUGACUGUUGGGCCUGGUUUCUCUUUAAAACAGGACCUGUUUAUGACUGCUGUUUUAUACAUCAGCCUUCUACAAACUAUUGGGAGGAUAUUAAAGGAGCGCAGAUGCUUUUCACAUUCAGCGUUAGAGCAUCUUUAAUCAAUAUGUUUACAGUAACAAUUGGCUAAAUGAGAAAGCAUGAAAAAUGAGCCUUGUAGGGAAGAACUAUGAAUGGAUAAAGAGUCUGGACACAGUGUAGGUGGGGCCCCGUCUAUUCUUUUGAAAGUUGCUAAGUGGUGCAUGAAACCCAAAAAGUUCAAUUGCGGCGUAUAAAAUUACCUGGAUGAUCGGUGAACUGUGCAGCCCAUAGAGCAGGUGUACUUCUGCCACCUGCAUUAGCUACUUCAGUUAUCACUUACUUGAACGGGAAUAAAAUAAUGAAAUUGUGAGGCUCUUCUAGAGUUUUCGAAUAUUAUCGGACUGAAUGGCUCAAAUUCUGAUACAGAAACGAGUCAUUUUGCGAGGGUUGUGACACUCAAAAAAUGUAUCCACUGAUGUACAGAGGUCUCUUUCAUUAUGUAAGUCUGUGGGAAAAAGUUUUUUUUUUGCCCAAUGGCAUCAUGUGACAGACCCGGAAGUUGGAAUUCCACUGUUUGGCCCAUAGACUAUAUAUGAAGAUGGACGACAUCACAGCUCCUGAGAAGUGAAGCCAAAACACCUGGAUUGCCCCCUGGUGGAUUGCUGCAGUAUAGAUAAUAAACCCCACCCGCUCCAUCUACAGAGAUGGUACAUUGGCCAAACUAAAGAUUGAAAGUACAACUCUCAAACAAAUUUUUCCUGAAUAAUGUUUCUGCCAUUUAAGGUAGUUUUUAAUCACCCUGUAUGUUCAAGUGUUUGUUUUUCUGAUAAGUUUGUUUAUGAUUAGUUAUUUGAUGCUAUAAAAAGGGGAUUUGACAUCAUGAGUGAAAGCUGUGUGCCAGUCGGUGUGCUUGCAUUCAAUGGCGAUGCUCGUAAUUCGUUGAAUGGGUGUUUGGGCAGGAACUCAAGGCCACAGAAAUCGCUAAUGCAGACUCUGGUUCCAAAUGAUCAUCAGAGUAAGAUGUAGUGGCCGUAUCCCGGAUAUUUUGGCUUUAUUUUUGUACAGUGAGAGGAACUCCUGAUACAGUUGUUGUGGUGUGCUUAUUUUUUUAAGCUAGCACAAGAUAGGGGUACCUUUUUAAACUAGAAAAUAGAUGCCAUCCAUUGUCGCCAUAGCUUGUAGGGAAUGGGGCUAAAUUAUUCUCUAAAUUUGAGCUAAAUUUAGGUGAACAAACAACCAGCUUGUCCUUUUUCAAAAGGGUUUCUUGAACUCUCACUUCAACAUAUCUGAACGAAAAUGGGUUCCAUGGGGACCCACGAGUCUCCACUAAACUUGAGAAGGCUUGUUCCCAAUGUUUUGUUUCCUACAAUCAAUGUACCCCUUAGUGUUAAAGCUGUAUUUCUUACUUUUACAGGAAAAGGCCUGCCAGCCUGCUUGAAGAACAAUUAUUGGCCUAACAAAGAUACACAUUAACUGUUGUGGAAGUGUAACUGUAAAAUAAGAGACAAAGUUUAUCAGUUUGUGAUUUCUGAAGUCUCACUGACAUAGUUUGCAAUUAACCAGUAUACUUUAAAAGCAUAAUAGAAUUCCUGAAAUUCAGUUAUGACUUUUGGUUUUGGUGUAAGAUUUUUAGUGGCCCCAUCUGGCCUCCCCAGUGACAAAUUUCUGGGGGUGCCCCCUGCUAUAUGGAGCUUUAUGGCAUCUUUCAGCGUGUUUUGUUUUUUGGGUUGCUGCUUAAAUGUUUUGGUCUUAUAACUGUCACAGCAAUAUUUUGUGGCACACCAAGCUGUUUUCUACUAAAAUCAUCAUCUCCGCCCACACAUAAACCAAGCUUAGGCCACAAUGUCAGUGCUGAUUAAUAUGUGCCACUGUAGCUUGGAGCAAGUUAGCUAGCUAGUGAAUGCUUACCUUAGCUAGCAAGCUAACGUUAGCAUUGUCUCGCAUUGUUGUUCGCUGUACUAAAUCAUUAAAGACCCAACAAACAUUAGUAAUGGCUUCUAUUAUUAGUAUUCUGUUAUAGGAUAGAGCCGGUACGAAAGAAACACGGUACAAAAAUAAGACUGAGCUAUUAAUUCCUUCAUAAAACAUUUCAAUAGUAUCUAUAAAUUGACUUCCAAAACCAAACAAUUUAACACAUUCUGUAAGAAACUUAUGUUCAUUGGUGUCGAAGGCUUUGUGAAAGUCUAAAAAGAGAAUAAACACCUUGAGUGUACUAAAUCUGCAUAGUCUAAUAAAUCCAAAAUAAGUCUGGUGUUAUUACUUAUGUGUCUAUCUUUAAUGAAACCUUAUUGUGUUUCAGCAACAGUAUGAGUUAGACCCAUCUUUAAUCUAUUUGCAUAAACUGAUGCCAGAAUCUUGUAAUCAAUGGUAAGGAGAGUAAUGGGUUGCCAGUUUUCUAUCAGUAAGUUGUCUUUAUCUGGUUUCGGGAUUAGCGAUAUAACGCCUUGUUUCAUAGUUUCAUCUCUCCCUGACCAACACACUCACAGUACAUACAAAAUAAAGGUAAAAUUCAACUGAAAGCCCAUCUAUACCUGGGGAUUUACCCUUUUUCAUUGAGAAAUGAGCAGUCUUAAUUACCUCUUUUUUUCAGUUCCUUAUCAAUUGUGACUAGCUAUGUGUUUUUUAGUACUAAUUACUUACUAAUAAACUUUUCACAAGAAGAGCUGUUGAAUUCUGAUUUGUACAAGUUGCUAAUUAAAGGAAAACACAAAAUCAGAUAUUAAUUUGUGGUCCGUACAUUUACUACCAUUAAUAUUAAGCAUACUUGGUGACUUUCUUUGACCAUUUCUUUUCUCCAAAGCAAAAAAAUAGCUGGAGUUUGUUUGCCCCUCUUCCAGCCACUUGGCUUCAGAUCUCACAAAUGCACCCUUGGCUAAUAAUU